UUUUUUUUUUUUUGGUUCUUUUUUUCGGAGCUGGGGACUGGUUUAUUUUUUUUUAUUUUAAAUUAAGGUAUAUGUGCAGGGGAGGGUACAUGUAUGUGUGCACGCCAUCUGUGGGAGCAGAGGUGUUGGAUGUCUCUGAAGCUGGAGCUUUAGGAGUUGUGAGCUGCCUAACAUAGUCUAAACUCAGAUUCUCUUCAAGGGUGGUACACACUUAGCUGCUGAGCCAUCACCUCAGCGACACGGGGCUUAUGCAUUCCAGGCUGGUCUCAAACUUACUGUGUAGUAAGGAUGGUCGAGAACCUUAGAUUCUCCUGCCUUAUUUCCAGAGUGCUGAGAUCGCAGAAGGUGCUGGCAUAGAAGGUUUAUCUGGUGCUGGGAAUCGAACCCAGGGUAUUGCACACCAGGUAAGUGCUCUACUGACAGCUACAUCCUCAGUUUCAAAACUGUAUCUUAUUGAAAUUAUCCGUAAAGAGAACGUUAUAAUAUGCCCAGAGGAAAGUCUGAGCAAGAAGGAGAAAGCCUAAGGUAAGAAGCAUGGAGGGGGUUCCUGUGCUCCCGCCGUCGUCCUCCAGCGCAGGCCUCCGGGCUCCAGCUCCGGUGUUGGGUGCAGGCCUGGUGUGGUCUCCAAAGUGACUGAACAAUGCAGAAGGACAGUGGCCCACUGGUUCCUUUACAUUAUUAUGGUUUCGGCUAUGCGGCCCUGGUGGCUACUGGUGGGAUUAUUGGCUAUGCAAAAGCAGGUAGUGUGCCGUCCCUGGCUGCUGGACUCUUCUUCGGGGGCCUGGCAGGCCUGGGUGCCUACCAGCUGUCUCAGGAUCCCAGGAACGUGUGGGUUUUCCUAGCUACGUCUGGGACUUUGGCUGGCAUUAUGGGGAUGAGAUUCUACAACUCUGGGAAAUUUAUGCCUGCAGGUUUGAUCGCGGGAACCAGUUUGCUGAUGGUUGCCAAACUUGGACUUAGUAUGUUGAGUUCAUCCCAUCCGUAGUAGCCAUAGCCCUGCGUGGACUCAUGAUGAGUUGACACUCUCCAGACCUCCACAUUACCACGCUGAAGAGAUAAGAACAGCCAAGACCUACACUGAGCACAUGGAGGCGAAGACGUGGUUACUAUAGU